AUGGCAUUUUUGCAAGUUCAAUUACCCUUUUCUGUUUUCUUAUUCUUUUCCAUAUCAGUAUUGGUUUCUUCUGCACGCAUUAGGCGUUACACACCUCCAAGUGUUACACAUUUGACAGAUCUCUUCCCUCACAUUCCUGUUAGUGAUGGAUAUUCUAACUUCUUUGGAGAGACAAAUAUACAGCUCACUGGUAAUGGAUCCAUGGCAACUCUUACUCUUGACAAAUCCUCAGGUUCUGGAUUAGCCUCUAAAAACAAAUACCAAUAUGGAUUCUUUAGUGCUGCAAUUAAGCUGCCAUCUGGUCUCUCUUCUGGAGUUGUGGUGGCUUUUUAUUUGUCCAAUGCAGAUGUUUUCCCUCACAAUCAUGAUGAAAUCGACAUAGAAUUACUUGGACAUGACAAGAGAAACGACUGGGUUUUCCAAACAAAUGUAUAUGCAAAUGGAAGUGUUAGUACCGGGAGAGAAGAGAAAUUCUACCUCUGGUUUGACCCAACUGCAGAGCACCACCAUUACAUCAUCCUCUGGAACAGUCAUCAUAUAGUGUUUCUGGUUGACAAUGUACCAGUGAGAGAGUUUCCUCGCAACAAUGCUGUUUUCCCAUUAAAACCCAUGUCAGUUUACGCCACCAUAUGGGAUGGUUCGCAGUGGGCCACUCAUGGUGGAAAGUACCCAGUCAACUACAGAAACGCACCGUUUAUAGCUUCUUUUUCAGAGAUGGAGAUGAGUGGCUGCGUUUCGAACCAAAAAGCAGCAGGGCCAGAUGGUGUUUCAUGUUCUAAGAACAACCCUUCGAAUUUGGACCCGGUGGAGGGCCAGGAGUUCGCCACUCUUUCGAAACAGCAGGUUACAGCCAUGGACUGGGCCAGAAGCAAGCUCAUGGUUUACUCUUACUGUAAAGAUACAUCAAGGUUCAAAGUCAUGCCCCCUGAGUGCAAAUGAAAUAAUCAUCAUCAUCACCGUUGAUUGGAAUGUGUUCGACGAUUAACCACACAAGGCUUUACAAUAGUAUUUUUUACUGAUAAUUUUUUUUCUUCUUGAAAUGGAAAAUAAAUUACAUUUCACUACUGUAACCCCAUUUACCAUAUUAUAAAGAAAGCUCUUUGAGCUUAUUAUACACAA